AUCGCGCACGUGUUUUCCAAUAUGCUUGCACGUGUUUCGCAAGUGAUAAUUUUAAAAUUGAGCGCGCCAUUCUCUUAUAAACGAAGAAUGCGAGUAAAACAACUUAGUUUCACGUUCCUAAUAUUUUUUUUAAUGUUAUAUAUCUUGGUAUUAUGUAUAAAUGAACUCAAAUGUACACGUGAUUCUUACGAUUCUUAUAAUUUUUAUUAUGGAAGCAACCUUCCCAAGGAAACUGAGGUUUUUUUGAAACAAUUACAUCAAUUAACCCUUAACGUCGACUCAAAAUUCUGGGAAGGAAGUUUAACUCAUCAUACAGAAGAAGUAAAAAACAUUCCUGCUAAUUCAAGUGUGAGAGAGUACUAUAAAUAUUAACAUAUGGGAAAGAAUAGCACGACGCGAAGAAAAUAAUCUGCCUUUUAUUAAUGAUUUAACGAUAGCACAAAAAGACGAAAUCUUUGCGGUGAAAAGAUUUUGUUAACAGUUAUCAAAAGAACGAAAUAGUGACGUUUGAACAAAAUGCUGACCGACGAAAUUAUGAAGAAAAGCAUGCUUGUUUUUCAUUGGUUUAUGGAUACUGUAACACAGCCAAUAAAAUCUAAAAAGGUGCGAUUUCAGUUUCAACUACAAAUCGCUUCUUCUAAAGAAAAGAAAUUGGUACUCGAUAGCGAAAGCUUUUGGACAAGUCAGGAAAAAGAAAAAUUCUGGAAAAUCUUGAAACCAUACAUAACAAACUUACUAACGGAUGCAAAUAUCUUCAGAAGUGAAGGCAACGAGAACUUUGAUUUCAUAAAUAGCCUGGACCCGCUAAGCACGACGGACAUUUUACACAGUCGUAGAAUAGUUAGAACUUUUUUAUGGACAGGAAAAUAUCGAGCUGCGAUUAAAUCUUACAGACUGUUUCAAGAGUUCUUCUCAAUUGUUACCAACAUAGAGGAGAAAACACUACAAGAAGAGAUUGAAGAACUUCAGUCUAUUUUUACCAAUCCUUAUUUAUAGCAAAAUAAGAAAUUUCUAAAAAUAUUAUCUAUAAAUACUGUAAAUUAUAAUUAGGCACAUAGAAAUAUAUACCCGAUUCUAUACUUUA